UCAGCCGAUGUAGGCACAUUGUUGUCAGCUGGAAUGUCAAGACGAUGAGUGCAUCCUAUUGACAAUUACAAGAGUUCAGUCGUGCAUUGAACUUGCAGGUUUUGGAAGGUCAUGGCGUAUCCUGAUAUGAGAAUCUGACCUCUGCAUUCCCCUUUCUCUCUGUGUUGAUGCGUCACACCUGCUGAAUUCUCCCCAUACCCCUCUAGCUUACCCCCCCACCCCCUUUUUUUUCGUUUCCUUUGUUCCCCCCCACUCUCCUGCCUCGUUCCUGAUACCAUGCAGACCAAUCCGGUGUACGUAGAGUCGGCCGUGGUGUUUGCCAUGGUGCUGUUUGUGCACGCGGCCGUGUGGACGCCCUUGUCCUGGUGCUGUGUGGCGCUGGCCAUCCAAGCCUUCUACGUGCAGCACAAGUGGGACCGUCUGCUCCGGAGCGGCUCGGCCGUCUUCCAGUUCCGCCCGGGAGCCAGCAGCGGCGUCCUGCCGGCCAGCAUGGUCAUGCCCCUCCUGGGCCUGGCGUUGCGCAGUCGCUGCAUCAUGGCGGGCAACGUGAGCAUGGAGCGCUUUGGCCUGGUGGUGACGGUGACGGGCAUGAUGCUGGCGUUGUUCGUCUCACUGAUCGCGCUGGGUGUGACGCGGCCCGUGCCCACCAACACCUGCGUGAUUGCCGGCAUUGCGGGCAGCGCCAUCCUGUACUGCACCAAGCACACGCUGACUGUGUCCGAAGUGAUAGAGGUGCUGGAGGUGCUGCUGAUCUUUGUGUACCUGAGUCUGAUUCUGCUCUACCUGCUGCCGCGCUGCUUCACGCCAGGCGAGGCCUUACUGGUCAUCGCGGCCAUCAGCUUCAUCAUCAACCAGCUCAUCAAGCGCUCGCUCAGCUCCACGGCGCCUGAGACACGGGCCGAGCCCCUGCAGUACUACCUGCCCGUGGUGGUGAUUGGCUGCCUGCUGCUGGGGACCAUCUUUGCCCUGCUUUUCCUCUUCCUGGAGCCUGGCACCUGGGCCGGGUCGCUCUUCUUCCACGUGCUGGUGUUCGUGCUGGGGCUGGGCUUGUUGAUGCCCUGGCUGUCUCUGCUCACCAACACGCACCCCAUCGCCUGGAUCAUUUACUUUUUAACGGCGGACAACAGAAGGCUGUGGUUGCUGGGCUACUGGGCGCUGCUGGCUCUGGCGGCCGUGGCGGUGGUCAUGCAGCAGAACCAGCGUCAGAGAAGGUCGUCGGGUUGCGGCAAGAAGGAGGGUGCGUCCACGGCGGUGCGAAAGGCCUUCCAUGUGGUGACGGUGAUGACCUAUGUGCCGGGCCUGGUGCUGGAUAGGCCUCUGCUGCACCUGGCCUCGGCCGGCUGCCUGGGCGUCUUCCUCUUCCUGGAGUUUGUGCGCUUCUUCCGGAUCCUUCCGCUGGGGCCGCACCUGCGCAGGCUGCUGACGCACUUCCUGGACGAGCGUGACAGCGGCCCCCUGGUGCUCACGCACAUCUAUUUACUGGUGGGGGUGUCCUUGCCGCUGUGGCUCACCCCAGGGCCGUGCGUGCCCAAGGGCGGGAUGCCAGGAGCGGGGGGCUUGCUGCCCUACGCAGGGGUGCUCUCGGUGGGCGUGGGCGACGCGGUGGCGUCCGUGUUUGGGAGCUCGGUGGGGGAGAUCCGCUGGCCGGGCACCAAGAAGACCAUGGAGGGCACGGCCACCUCCGUCUUUGCCCAGGUCAUCGCGGUGGCCAUUUUCCUGCUGGCAGACGGUAGUCUGAACCUGAACACCAGCUACUCCUGGGUGGUGGGCUCCAUCUCCAUAGUGGCCAUGCUAGAAGCCUACACCUCUCAGAUCGACAACCUGCUGCUGCCACUCUACCUGCACAUACUGCUGCUGUUGUAACAGCGGAGAACAUACUGCUGCUGCAAGAGUGGAGAAGUGAAGAUCUUCAGACUUCUCAUCAGUGGUAGAGAUGGAGUCAGCUGAUUUUGUAACAGUGGAACACUCAACCCAUACUGUAAAAUACACUCCAGGAAGACAAGACUGGCUGAAGUACCUGUUUUCAGCAUUCUUUAAGUCUUGUUGUCCUGGGGUUUCAAGACCAUCGUGUCACUGCAAGCUGUGGCCUACAGGAUAUAGCACUGCACGUGACAAAUAAGUACUCUACAGCUUUAUUCCUAUACACCAUUAUCAUAUAAAUCCAAUACUUUGCUCUCUUCUUAUGAUGAAAACAGAGUCUAAAUGGAUUGGCAAGGCUGGUCAUGAACGUGUUUGCAGUUUGCACACGUACAUACACACUACUGGACUUGCUUAGCUUUGGGGUGGCUGUGCUGUCAAGCAAGCUCAGGCUACAAGCUUAUCAGAUGAGAAGGAGACUUUCAUUUUAAUGAUGGUAUCUGCUACCCAUUUUGAAUAGCUGGAGGCUGUUGAGGAGCCAGGUGUCUACCUGAUGAACACUAAUGAUAUCCCAGAUGGUUCAAGAUUUUCUGAAGGGGACUACUGUUCACAAGGAUAAGGCACAAGUCAUUCAACUGUGGUUUUUAAAUCUUCACAGUAUUAUUACUAUUGUUUAUAUUCAUCUAAUUGCUCGCAUUACAAAUGUAGAAACAAAUAUGUGCACACACAUGAUCUGAUGACCUCCCUUUUCUUCAUUUCAAACUUUGAAAUUUGCCUAUGAAGAACACACAUCUACUACCUGCAUUUUCAUUGCCUGCUCGUUUUGUGUGUUGUUUUUCGAUUUAAUACUUUCUAUAACUACUGUAUUCUUCAUUCGCCACCUGCCUUCAUGGUUUUCAAUGUACUGGCCAAGGGUUUUGCCUUGAAGUCUAUUUUAUAUGAACAUUACACUGUAAUAGGCAGACCAAUUUCAGCACCUUAGGGUGUUUUCAAACCUGGUCCCUUUGAGCCAUUUAACUGAACUCAGACCUGUGACUCAGCAUUUUCUGUGCACAUGCGAACACUCCAACAAAAUAUACCCAGACCCCUCAGACGCGAACCGUACUGUUAGCUUAUGAGUCCUGGCAAGUUACACUUAUGACUAGGUGUAAUCACAUAACGAGAGCUCUAAACUAGAGGGCUGGGUGUAAUCAAAAAGGGGACUGACACCAUUAACGGGACAAGAAAUAGCAGCUGGUUCUUUUGUAAUGCACUCACAAUAGUUAAAAAAAAACAGAACAGAGUCCUUUUGCUGUCAGUUCACUUUUUUGUGUACUGAAAGAUGACUGUGUUUGGCAGGGGACUAGAUAUGAAAAUACCCUUAAUCUCCAGAUAGCACCAGCAAUAGGCAGCUACCUGGUAGGGGUGAGGUUGGUUGCAUGUAAAUAUGACUGUAGAUAGUAAUAAUGUGCACGUUGGUUAGUUACAGUAGGUGGUAAUAACUGUGAAGGUGUGGGCACAUAUGCCAAAUGAAUAAAGACAGGGUCUGAAUCCUCUAUACAUCGCUGGUUCCAUGUUUCCUGUUCUUGGUGACGUGUACGCAGCAAAUGGCUGAAUGAUUGCAAUAAGCCCAAACCAGCAUGGCUCUAAUUUUCUAAUGAUGAAUAUUCAGGAAAAGUGGAGGUGUCUUUCUUGGUCUCUCCUGCUUGAUGUCAGUGGUGGCAGUGAACGUACUACUAUACGUAGUAACCAUUCAGCUGUAAAAAAAAAAACAAGACCAUUAUAACCAAGCAAUGUAAUUUCUGAGAGACUCACAUAGUACAUGGACCGACCCAAUCACGUCUCUGUUGUAUGGUUUGCAUUUUUUUUGUGUGACAAAUCGGUGUGCUGUGCAUUAUGAGAUAAUUUUGUCUCUUAAAAAUAAGUGUUUUUGUAUUAUGGUUAUAAUUAUGACUAGUAUUAUUAUUUAUUAUGAUUGCUACUUUGUAAAUGAUUACAAUGAUUGCAGUGUGUUAACUUACUUUGUGUCAGAAAUAGCUUUUCUAUAAAGGAUCUUCUGCCCUGUCUUACAUCCACCUCCAAAGCCUUCCUUGCUUUUGCCUUGUUAAAAGACAGGCAGGAUUGUAUUAGGGUCUGUGAAAAUAUAAUGUUGAGUAUUCUUUUUAGAUCAGGACUAAAAUGCUUUUUCUGUGUGUCUCAUUAUGGCUCAUAUGUCAGCCUUAUGUUCGCACCAUUUCAUUUCAAGUUGCUCAUUGCUACCCCAUGUCAAGAUGGGUGUAGAUGGAUAUAGAAAAGCAGGGCUAGAUUGCUGUUGCUAUGAUCAGCUGUAUCCAGGCAACACAAAGCUCUCUUACAUCUCUCCAGCAGGUAGCCAGUUCUCUUUCUUCAGCGGCUUUUAUUUUCUAUGUUGCUGGAGCCUCUGCUGCCACUCAUACCCCAUUUCAUUAUUGAUAAGCCUGGCAUGCCAAUGUCACCCGUUGUUAAGAGAUCAUUGUGGUGUCAUUAUGGGAUGUAGGCCUAGGCGCCGUCAGCAUGCUUUAGUGCUGUUCUCCUGUAGAAUACUACACAGCUCUGUCUGAUGCCUGGGGGGAAGGCAUGCUGAAUAAAGGACAAAAUAUUUUGAA